AUGAACUCGGUUUUAAUGAACGCGGUUUUGUCCAGCUCUCCUGACUGUGGCCUUUUACUGGAGUCUCUGUCUUGGUCGGGGGACUCGUGUCCGGGGAGGGAGCGGGUUGAGGCGCUGACAGCAUUUCUCGAAGCUCUUGGACCUCUCAUGACGGAUCCCAACGCGACGAAUAAGAAAUCUAUCAUAGCGAAAAUAGAGUCAGUGUUAUGGACAAAAUGUUUACCCCUUUUCUCCAGAAUAUCAGCAGGUGGAGACACAACCUGCAGGGAGAACACCGCUGCUGCUUGCCGCCUUCUGAGCGUCUGUGUCCCGCUGUGUGGUGAGGCAGCUCCGGGGAAGGUGGCUCUCACUGUCCUGCCAUCGCUGCAGCUCCCAGAGGAGGAGGUACCCGCUCCUGGGAGACUCAGUGUGGAGGUUGCAAGCGAAGUGAUGUCUGCUGUUUUACCUUCUCUAUCAGCGGAUGAAGAGCUCACACUCACAGUCCUCACAUCUGCCUUAUCCUGCGUCAAAACCCUCCCUGAUGCUCUGGUGUCCAAAAUCACAGUCAGGCUUCUCCUGACCAUACUGAGCUGCAGCAGUGGACUCAGGUUAAACAGCAUCCUUGGGUUGAUUUUGGAGGAUCUGUGUCACUGGCACUCCACCUGCCGCACACCUGUGGUGACAGAGAGGGCACUGCUGUGUUUGACAGCCCUGUCCGACCACCUGCUCAAACCCCACAGCCUCCUUUCUUCCUCUCCCUCUUGUGACCCUGACCCCCGUCUGUGCCUUCACUUCUGGAGGAUGGUUCAAGACGGACUCACGCACAGAGACAGUGUGUCACGCAAGAGGGCUUUGUACCUGCUGAAAAUGUGUGUGGCCCUGUCAGAAAAAGCAGGGGUGGACUGCCCUCUUUCUCCCUCAGGGGACGGUAAAACAUCUCCUCUCAGAUAUGUUAAUACUAAUAUAAAAAUGACCCCAUCGGUUUUUCAAAUGGUGUGUGUUUUCCUGAACUGUUGCAGAUGAGAUCUUAUUCAAAUGGUCUUCAAACAGGAGCAAACUCCUGAGAGAGUUUUGGGUGGAUUAUGCUCUGGUGAUGGAGACCCUGGAGGAAAACCAGGUAGAGAAUCCAUCAUGAGCGUUAAUUAGAAGACAGCCUGUCAUGAAACAGCUUACUAAUGUUUUACAUCUGUUUUCUUUACAGGUUCAUGUUGUCCGUCCAGUUUUAAACAGAAUAGACACUUUGAUUCAGACGACAGUGAAUGACAGUCAAGGUGAGUUUACCGAGCAAAGUGGGCAGCCUUUCUGGAAAAACUUAUUUUAAUGAAUGUCUGAAAAGAUUCGCUUUAAGAGGACUGAAAUGUGUCCUUAUAUAUUUUUUGAUUAUUGGAAACUGUUUGGAAGUGAUUGCACUUUUUUAAACUCUGAAUAGCCGUUUAUUUAUUUCAGAAGUGUUGUUCAUUGACAAUUUCACUGUUUUGGGUUUUGAUUGCUCUGUAAACUGUGUUUGUGUUGCAGCUUCAGGUCAGGGUCUCUUCCACCCCUCCUGGCUGCUCUGUGUGUACCAGCGGAUGUUUCACAGUGAGAACAAAUCCUUAAUGAGAGAGGGAGUGUGUCAUCUGCUCGAGCUGCAGGUGCUGCAGCAGCCGGCCUUUGCUUUGGCCCUUUCUCAGGUACAUGUCCGGACAACAUCUCAGACACACCGUUGCUGUGUUUGUGCAGAAUUAAAGUUUCCUCUCUCCUGCUUGUUUUCAGUUCAUCGUUGGCCCUUUCAUGGAUGUUCUGUCUGAAACUUCACUCUUUCACAGGUAAAGUCAUGUUCAGAGAGCAGAGGUCUGAGUUGUACUGGUAAAAGAAAAUAGAGCAUUAUCUUUCUUAUAAAUAACUAAAUGUUAGUCUUAUUUUAUGCUGUGGUGACUGGUGUUUACAUAUAUACAUUAAAUCAAUAAGGCUAAUCUAAUAUCACUAAUUCAUAGUACUCUGAAACAAAAUUACAUGUCAUUUAGGUGUCGCAGGUAAGUUUGCUUCUUCCAGAUAAAUGUGACAUUUUAGGCUCCUUUGUCACAGUGUGCACGAGACAUACCAGUAUUUCUCAAGAGCCAGAAAUUGUCAUUAUUAUGUGUAAUUACAUAUUCUAUGAUGGCAAAUUUGGUUUAAAAAGCGAUUUGGAAGUCUGGAAAAUGUAACUCCAAUGUUUGUAACUUAAAGGAAUCCAAUACUGUGUCAUUUUGUGUGUUUUUCUUGCCGCUGUCACCCCUUUAAUGCACCUUUUCUUCACUUGUAGAUCAGCUGAGCAGCGUAUUGGAGAUUGUCCUGAGCUCGGGACUAAACUCCAAGUCUUCAUGACCACCUUCUUCAGCAGUCUACCAUCUGAGCACAGAGGUAAAGGAAAAGAGUAACCACACAGAAAUGAUGUUGUUAAACUCAGAAUAACUUUGUUAAACCUUCUCAAAUGGACUGUGUGUAUUUAUUUUAUCAGGCUCUACGUUACUCCAGAUGAUUCAGCAGUUGUGCUCUAAACACUGGUGCGCUGUACCCCUCCUCUUCCUUGCUCAAGCGCUGUCCAAACUCCCUCCGAGUCCUCUGUUGGGAGUGGAGGGUCUCUCUGCCCUCAGGUACCUGUCUCUACACGUGUGCAGUCAUACAGUAUAUGAUAGGCUGUUGUGUUUAAUCCAAAAGUUCAUUUUCCCUGUGGUGUCUGACAGGGAGGUGCUGCGCUGCACUAUGAUCACCCAUCAGGUCCUGCUGAGAGGAGCUGCUCAGUGCUUCCUGCUGAAGAGUGCCCUCUGUCUCACAGAUGUGGUAAGACACACACACAGUUAAAAAGGGAGGGAGUGUGUCACCUGCUGCAGCUGCACACUGAAGCACAUGAAACAGAAAAUGACAGCCUAUUAUAGUAUUUUAAUCACACGUUUAAUUGCUGCUUCAAACCUCAUAUCAUAGACAAACAUACAGGAGUACAGAGUGAGGUCAGAAUGAUUAUCAGAACCAGCUACUCUGGCCAGGUAGAUGUGAGCAUACAUGGAUUCUGAUUUAGGAUUUACACUGCUUUCACUGUGUAUACAACUAAAUAAACAUUUUUAAGAAAUAACAAUACAACUAUUAAAGAGCGGUUAAAAAGAACAAGCAUCAUACCAGAAUGUAAACUUCUUUGUACUACAAAUGUAAAGCUGAAGAAGCUGAGCUCUUUUUUACAACUUUCCUCAUAAAAUAUUCACAAAAAUGAAAAAUACAUCUCUUAAAAGUCAGCAGGAUAAGUUUUUUUUGUCUAAAAUGACUAUUUAAGCAGGUAAAGAACAAGAUUAGUAAAGUCAUUUUGUCCACAUGGUGGGGCCAAACUGACAGAAACUGAAAGUUCCCCACAGGAGCUUUAAUUUGUAAAUUCAAUGAAAGAAAUCAGAGAGUAAAACUGACAGAACUCUGUCUUUCUUUCCUUCAAAAUGAAUGUCAAGUACCUCUAAAAUCACACCAUGACCUAUGACAAGUAAAACAUUCAUAUACACGCAGAGGAAAAGAUUGAUUUAGGGGAGAAAACACACAAGUUUCUACUGUUAUGCACGUACAGAAUAGUGUUUCUGUAGCAAAGAGAAAAGUGGACCAUAAAACAUCCUGUGGUAAACAAAUAAAAAGGGUUCAGGAAAUAGUAUCAGUGUUUACAUAUUCACUUUUGACUGAAUGCCAAAACAUGCAGCAAAAGAAAAAGUUACAUUAAUUAGUAUAACAUUAUAUGCACAAAUGCUAGUCUUUGAAAAAUGGUCCUAAAGGCACCAUCAGGAGUUUUUAAGUGGUUGAGAAACAGUUAGAAACUGAUACUGAUGCCUCUUUAUGACUCUCAAAAGCAAAUAAGCGUGAUGGUUUAGGAUCUAAAUAUGUUGUUUCAGAGCUCUGUGACCCUGGAUGAUGUCUUCAGUUUCCUGGUGGAUUUUCGUGCCGAUGAGUCUCUGUGCAGAGGGACUCAGAUUUGGAGUCAGGUAUGCUGUGCAGAAUAAAACUCAACCUGAUAUACUGAAACAAACCCUGAAAAAGUGGUACCAUAUAUAACUGCUGCCUUAUUUAUUUGUGACAUUGCUGCAGACAUGCGAAUGGUUAAGGGACAAUGAGAGCAGCUUCAAACCCAGAGUUAUGGAUGGAGAAGUUACUGAUGCUGACACAAAGAAAGAAACUCUGAGAAGUUACGUACAACAUGAGAUAUAUGCUUACCUCCAGGUCCCAGCGAGCACGGGUAAGUUCAGUGUGGAAAACAGAUUAUUCAAGUCUUUCUCUUCUGCUGUAGUAAUUGCUAUUAUGAGUCUUAGAAAAAGGCUUCUGUUUGAAAAGCAUAAGUCAUAUAGCAAACAAAUAUAAAAUAGCUGCCAUAUUGAGUCAAUGAGUGUUAGUUCAUUGGAUAAUAAGCUUGAAAUCUGUCGGUAAAAGUGAGUUUUCGCUCCUCAGGUCACACUGAGAAGUUGCCCGACCCCCGAGAAGCUGAUAAGUUGGCCCGUGCUGUUCUGCUGUGUUUGGACAUGGAGAGGGGUCAGCCCGGGGCAGAGAUCGGUACCACUCUGGAGUCAUUACUGUCUCCUCUGCUGCAUACCCUGAGCAGAGUCAGCACCAAUAUCUACCUGCCUGUACGCAAAAGUGACAAGAGCCUGCAGCUCCUGCUGCGACUGUUCCAGCUUGGAGGGAAACCAAGCUGUCGGCGUGUUGGAGAGGAGCGAGGUCAGUAAUGAAAACACUGAUUCAUUACAGGAACAGGCUUUUCAAGUUGGUUGCUGUAAAUCUUGUAUAUGCCAAUAACUGUAUGACACAAGGGCGCAAGUUAUCUAUUUUUUAUCAUUAAAAACAGUCUGUUCAUACUUUUUAAUAUUUAAAAAACAACUUAAAAAACAUCUGAAGAGUUUGUGUUUCUUAUUGUAACCUCUAAAAUUUCCUCAUUUACUGGAAGAUGUAUAUAUAAUCCAAAGACUGUAAACUGAGGCAAAGCUUUUUGGCUUUAGUUUAACGCUUUAAACCUGCAUUUUUUCUUAUGGCCACUAGGGGAUGCUCCACGAGCUGUGGUAAGAGGUCAGAUUGCAUGAAACUAGAUAUGAAAAUGAGACCUGUCAGCCAAGAUAGAGAUGAAGCACUAGUUUCAGCCCUGAUGUCUAUGAAUUGUGUAUUUAGGCUGUAAAAACAUUAGACAGGGACAUCAAAUCUGUCAAAACUCAUAAGUCAUGAGGACACUUCUCAACCCUGAGGAGUUUUGUCUGAUCUCCAACUGUUUUUCUGCUUGAACCCCUGUUUGCGUAUAAGUUAUUGAAAAAAUGAAUUGUAUUGAUGUGUUUUGACUCAGAAGGGUUUUUUUUUUCCAUCCUGUCCUUCACAGAGGACGUCCUGAUGGUAGCCACAGAGAAGCUCAUUCUCAAACUUAUUGAUCCGAUCCUUGAGUUCAUCCUGAGGCGGCUGUUUGGGGAGCUGCAGGAGGUAAACAGCAAGUGAAACAAAUCACUCCGAAAAGGCAAAGCCGCCUUUAAAGUGAAAAGUGCUGAAGUGUUUGUUUGUUUGUUUUAUAGCUGUUCGAUGUGGAGCGGGCAGAGCUGUAUCUCUCUGUCCUGAGGCAGCUGGUGCUCUUGUGUGAUUCUGCAUCACAGCACCAAAAUAAAAUCCAGAAGACCUAUUUCCCCAGACUCAUCAAGAACAGCCUCAAGGUCCUGCAGGAGCCGAGCCAGGAGGUAGGCGGAGGAAAACUCAAGGUGGAAAUUUCACCAAUCAGUCUGGUUGCUUUUGUGACUGAAAAGUCAUGACUGAUUGUUUUGUUUCCAUUUACAGAUCAACUCUGUGUCACACCAGGUGGCUAAAGCUGUUGCCAUGGCGACUCUUGCAACAGUUUGUGAUCUUCUGCAGCAGAAAGAGAUCGAUAUUCAAUCAGGAUUUAUUUCUGAUAUAAAAUCACUCAACGAAUACUUCUACCUCCGAGAGUCCCCGUCUCCUCAAAAUCUGGGAAACUUCAAUAAACGGCUGCUGAAACCACAGACCGAGGAUGGUUCAAGGUUAGUAAAAGGCUGUAAAUAUAUUCAGGAUCAAAGUAUUCAUGCUGGUUUGAUAAGUGUUUUUAUUUCUCUUCAGUGAUGCAGGAGUGCAGGGUCUGCUGCUGAAGGACUGGGGACGCAUCUCUGCCAAUUUCAUGCGGCACCAGUGGAUAUGUCUAAGCUUCCUCAUCAACGCUGUUGGUGUCCCAGAGUCUGCAGAAACCUCCAGAUCAUCUGAGACUCUCAGAGCUGCUCUGAGCUGCAGCGUAGAGGCCUUGUCUCUGCUGCCCAGUGACCUGGUGCUGCCUGUGCUCACCUUUAUGGAGACGCUGCUGCCGCAAGUGAGUCGAAGCGUGCAAAAGAAACAAUAGAAAAGUUUAAUCAGCAGUCUGAACAUUUGAUAUUUGAUGCCUUGGUUGUCCCCUUAAAUCUUCAGUUAGUGCUCCAUGAAGAGGCCUUGUGUGUGGAGGCUGUGACUCUGAGCUGGGAGCUGGUUCAGGGGCUGAGCACUAACCCCCAAGAUUUCUGGUUGGCCCUGAAAGGCUUCAUCUCCAUGGCGUUCCAUCAUAAACUGCUCAAGCUGACAGACACGCAGAGUCCGACACUUUUGGCCACACUGAAACAGGUGAUUAAAACCAGCAAAUCAAUGAGGAGGAAAAGAGUUUUAUGAUUUUUACUAAAUACAUAAAGUAUUCUUUCAUUGAAGAGCAUUUUAUUUUAAAAAGGAUUAAUUCACAUGCAAAGGAGUUGUAUUUGGCGGUAUAGCUCUGCUUUGAGAGCUCCCUGCUUUUCCACCGACUAAUAGGGAAUACCGAAGCCUUAGAUGGGGAGAGCAGCAGCAAAUACCUGGUACAGAACUGAGUGGCUAUCAGUGACUAUAUGCUAUUUUAUUAGCAGCCUGUGAAUCUGCCUCCCUCUGUCCUCGAUCUGGACCUUUGAACAUCUCUAAAGAUUUGAUGAACUUAAAAGUUUAAAGACAAUUAACUUCUGAUAUGAUCAUUAUAAGCUGAUGUAAACUUUUCAGUGCAUUUUAGCUUUUCUCACUACAUUAAUUGGCUCAUUAAUUGGUUAUAUCAUUUUGUUUUCUACAGAAUUGAUAUUCAAAUUUCUAACUUUAUUGUCCUGAUUUAGAAAAUUUAAUUUUCAGACUCUUGACGCCCUCGCUUUUCAAACCCAGUCUUGCUACAAACAUACUCUGAAUCCCCCUGAUGAACUAUAUUUAUGUGCUGUGUUGUUGUUUUUAGAUCACAGCUGAGCUGAUGGAGCUGUCUCAGUCAAAGAGUGGCGUGUUCGGGGUGCUGCUUCAACACUGCUGUGAGACCUGGCUGCCCACAGACCGAGACUGCGACGACACCGUGUUCUCCAGUGUUUUCAGCCACAUCAGCGUCCUCACUGAGGCCUGUGUUUACGGUCCAGUGUUCAGGAGAGAUCAGCGGUAACUCUCAGCAGCGUUAACCAUGUUUGCUCUCUCGUUUCAGAACCUGUGUGACAUCUCUUUUUGUCUUUGAAGGCUUAUCCAGGAUGUUCAGACGUAUGUGGAGCAGCUGGGUGAAGACUGUUCAGCCAAUGUCGCAGUUAUCAGGUGGGCGGCAGUCCUCUUUUGCCCCCUCAUGUAUGGCUGUAAUUUAGAGUACUGCCACUAGAGGUCUCUGUCGCCCUGCAGAUGUUUUCAGACGCUUCUUCUAUUUUUCAGUGAUAACAGAGACGAGCAGCUGCCCCGCACGUGUGCUCUGGCUUUCCUCGUCCGCCUUGAUUCUUUUAAGCAGCAGCAACAUGAAAGAUUGAUUGGGGAAGUAGUUAUGGAUUUAUUGAAAAAGGUAGGUCAUAGAUUAUGAUGCCUUAUGGAAGUAUUCACCUUGUACUUGAACUUUUCCAUAUAUUGCCAGGUUUUAUCUGCAUUUUUUUAUUUUUAUUUUGGUGAUAUCAGACAGAACAAGACAUUUGAGUGAACAUACAACAACUACAAAAUUAAAGACGAUGUGCAAACAUACAAACAAGAGUUCAUCUGACCAAAAACCCAAUACUAGUGUUUUAAACAGUCAAGGUGUGUUUGUGUGAAUAUUAAAUGUUAAACAAGGCUUUGAUCAGCUGUUAGGAUGAUGCAUGUGUGUGUGUGUGCAUGUGUGAAUUUGCACAUUUGUGUCUGUAUAUAGGAAAGUAAAUGAGGAGAAAAGGAAAAAAUAAUUUAAAGUAUCUGCAAAUUAAAGGAUUUUGUUUGGGUUUUAUGUAAUAGACUAGCAUGAAAAAGUACUUGAUUUUGAAAGAGGAAAGAAUGGCACAUUUUGAAACACCCAGAAGGCAUAUUUAAGGUAAUACAAAGCCACCAAACAAUCAUAAUAACUCAGCAAACUUUAUAAACUUCAUAUCAGAUAUCAUGAUUAAACUUUUUUUAAACAAGAAAGACUAAAGACACUGAUUUCAUUUCAACCCCAAGAAAACAUCCAAAUCUGUCCAGAUCUCCUGUUUGAUGGAGAAGAUGUAAAAACAAUCCCAGCUCUGACUGUUACGUAAUUUGUUUGUAUUUCAUUCACCCAUAACUCCUAAUGCUUGUGUUUCUGUGAAAUCGUCUCAGUCAUACUCGCUGUGCUGGGUGUCGUUCAUUAGGAUAAUGAGCUGAGCAUCAGUCACAGCCAAUUUAACAACACUUAACAGAAUUUUCCAUUAUCUCCCCUCUGCCUCUCCAGGAUAAUGACAUAUCAAAGUCAAAAGUGCGUUACUAUAGCAACUCCCUGCAGCAUCGUGUGAAAAACCGAGUGUGGCAAACGCUUCUGCUGCUGCUGCCCAAACUCAGAGAGGUAGAAUUAUUCCAGUCACACUUACAAUCGCAGAGGUAAUAGCCACUCUCUCAGAUAGUAAUAGAGUUUCUGUGCAUGUGUGUGUGUUUUCAGGAGUUUGUCUCCACUCUAGUCCAGCGUGUGUUUGAAGCCGGCUUCUGCAGUAACCAGGCCUCAGUCAAAUACCUGAUCGAGUGGAUGAUGAUUCUGAUCCUCGUCAACCAUCCUCAACACGUGGACAGCUUCUGGGACUGCUUCAGCAUGGUGAGCUCCCACUCUGGACACCCCAGAAUAAACCUCCUCCUGAGUGGAAAUAACUCAAUUAUUAAUCGACUUUUCUGCACAGGAUCAUGAAAAGACAAAGACGAGCGCUUGCACCUUCCUGUCAGUGCUGGUUCACUUCAGCGUCAUCCUUCCUCUACUCAAGGACAAGGUGAAGCCUUUGAAGAUUUGUCUGGAGUUACUCACUGAAGUUUCCUGCCCAUGCCCAAAUUCAAACACGGUCAUGUACAGAUAUUUAUUUGUUUAACUCGAAUAAUGCAUUUUUUUUAAUCCAAGGGGAAAAACAGUAAACAAAAGGCAUAAAUAUUGAGUUUUUUAAAAGUAUAAAAGGUAGAAAAGGUGCCACACAACUCCUGCUGGGAUCAUAUAUUGGAAAUGUAUUUAUGCAGUUUAAACAGGGUGAUGUGUUAAAGUCUUAUUCCAUCUACCUUAAUCACAACAUUUUAUCCGUGUGUUUUUAAAGGCCGUACAGUUGCGAAAAGCGCUCGACGUCAUCCUGCAGUGGUGCUUCAACCACAACUUCAGUGUGCGUCUGUACGCCUUACUGGCCCUGAAGAGGGUUUGGAGCUUGGCUAAAGAUGUCAUGGCAGAAGAAGGGGACUCUGGUUUUGGAGGUCUGUCCACCGUGAUCGAGGCCUGUCUGAACCAAGCGGAGGCCAUGCAGAACACCGGGUAAGAGCUGGAGGUCUGUGAAUUAUCUGCAAAGCGGUAGUUGUUGCAUGCUUAUUGAUUGAACAGAGAGUGUGUUUGUUAUUUAGAAAUGCCAACAAGAACUGGUUGAGGAUUCAAGAGCACUUCUUUUUUGGGGCUUUCCAUCCGAUCAGGGAUUACAGCGUUGAGGUGAGCUUGAAUCAUUUUUCCCUCCAUACAUGACGCCCUCCUAAAUACGCUGACAAAGUGUUGUGACAUGUAUAUUUUUCUGCCUGCUUUGCCUUCCUAGACCAUAUUUUACACCUUCCCCAGUCUGUCAGAGGUGGCUGAUGAUGAGUGGAUCCCAACCCGGAAGUUUGAGGAACUGAAAGGUUUUCCUAACAGCUCUCCUUUAAGUUUAAGAAACCCCUCUCCUGAUCUGAGCCAGCUGCAGCCUGGAGACUGGAUCCAGCAAGACAAAGGUGCGUCUUACUCCACCUCCCUUACUCACAGGCUGCAGGACCCCUUGAUACAACAUAUCGUAAUCUCCAUCUGUGAUUGUUUGCUCAGGUGAUCAGAAUAAAGAGGACCGCUGGGCUGAGGUGCAGAAGAAGAUCACUCCUUGGAGGUUGGGGAUCCAGGGGCAGGAGCCCGAGCUUCAGCUGGUUCCUCAGCAGAGGGCUGCUCGACUCGGCAAACUGCACGGGGCCCUGCUGGUGGUAGCCUCACUCAUCGACAAGCCCACCAAUCUUGGAGGUCAGGAUAAGCACUAGUGUGUUGACAUAAGACAGAUGAGCUUUUACUUAAAUCACAUGAUUGAAUAAUGCAGCUAAAAGUUCAUAAUUGAAAAGAUGUCAUUUUUAGGCCAAGUUUUCUUAUGUUUUUAUUUCUGUAGGUCUGUGUAGGACCUGUGAGAUCUUCGGUGCCAGCGCUCUGGUUUUGGACAGCCUCCGCCACGUCACCGACAAACACUUUCAGUCCCUGAGCGUCUCGUCUGAGCUCUGGCUCCCUCUGCUAGAGGUAAAGAGAAAAAAAGGAGAAAAAUAAUCUCAAGUUUCACAUAAUUAAGAGUGAUGUACUCCAAGUGUAAAAACUAUACAUGCACUAAACGGUACAAAACUAAUUCAUUGACAAGAGGCAAAAAUAAUCAAACCUAACUAGGCAUGAGUUAAACACACAUGGACAAAAGCAUGAUAUUGUGAAGAAUGUUUACACAAUAUUGCUCAAUAUUAUCAGCAUUAUAUUAGUAUUGGCCAAUAAAAGCUUUAUAAAUAAACUAUCAGUACAACCAGAUAUGAAAGAUUCUGCAAAUAUAUAUAUAUCUGCAGAUAAAAUAAAGCACGUAGCAGAUACUAUAUUCUGUGUGUCAGUGCUCAGUGUUUGUCAUCAGACUGUUUGUAGCUCUCAAAAUGCCUUUAAAGCAUAAUUUUACUGUUCAAAAUAUAUAUAUUUUAGAUUAAAAUGCUGUUUGUCUUGUUUUAUGGCUGUUUUUUCAUCUCUGGAGUAUUGGCCUGACAAAUGUGUAAUUUGGUUUGGAAAGCUGAGGAAUCACAACUAUGAUUGAACAGGAUUAAAAUAGUUAUAAUGAAGAGGGAGCUCAAGAUCAACACCAGAGAAGAGCUAAACUAUUUCUGCUGGUGGGUGAUUUUUUGUUGUGGCCAAGGGACCGAGAUGAGGAAAGUAUUUAAUUUAGCAAAGACUUUAAGGGUUUCUGUAUCAUAAUUUACUUAAAGGGGUUUAUCUUGAUUAUGGCCAUUUUAAACAAAUGAAGGUCUUAAAAAGCGAAGGUUCAAAGCUGUCUCCUUAGACCUCAGUUCUCAUUUAGAAGUGGUGGUUAAAGCCUUGAUCCUUGAGCUAGGUCCCAAAGUAAAACAACUAAGAUUGUCUUUUAUUCUUUAAUCUUUUAAGUCAAAAUUUUAUAUAACUCUUUUUUUUUUCAGGUGAAGCCUACAGAGCUCACUGACUUCCUGCAGAUGAAGAAGGGUGAAGGUUACUGUAUAGUCGGAGUGGAGCAGACCGCCAACAGUCAGAGCCUCCAGGACUACCAGUUCCCAGAGAAGACGCUGCUGCUCCUGGGGUAGGACAGAUUUAGCUCCUAAUUUUUCCAUUAGCGCGGUAACCUGUGCAGCCAGCUGUGCAUAAAUGCACGCAGGCCUCCGCUGUCCCGCGCCCUGGUGGCUUUCAGGUAGAUUAAAGGUGCAAGCUGACGAGGCUGUUUAACAUUAUCUCUGAGUGUUUCCCAGUGAGCGCUGCAGUUCUGCUCUCAGUGGAGUGGACGUGUCGGGGCAUGCUGGGCUGUAAUUGGCUCUCCCUGAGGAGGAGAGCACAGGAAAUGAAUUACACCACACAAUACCAGCAGUGUGAUGACAGCAGCACAAAGACCUUAAUCUUCAUCUUGUGUGCUUUGAGUUGCUAAUAUUACACCUGUUUCAUCAACGGGGUCAGUAAGAAACUUGAAUGCUUUUUCCUGUGUUUAUUUCUGACAGGUUUGCAGCCGUGCACGAUGAAUUAAACUCCCAGAAGAGCCAUACUAUUAUUGCGACGACAAUAAGAUAUAUAGAAUAGCAGCACAAGGUUUUUACCUGCAAAUUUACACUCCUCAGUCCCUUCCCUACAGACCUACCUCUGCAUUCCUGCACACAAUCAGGAAACUGUCGCGCUGUUUCUCAAAGUAAAUCAUGAAACAGAACUGAGACCAGUGCUUGCAGCGUUUGGUGCUCCAUCCUGACCUCAGGCUCAACCUGGACUGCUUGGUGGCUCAAGUCACAGAGCUCCUCAGAUAAAAUCUCUAUUAAGAAGUCAAUCCACUGAGGAACUGAAGGAGUGUGUGUGCGGUACUCUCCACCUCCUGGUCCCUCAUGAUGUCUUUUAGCAGAGAAAGUCAGGCUAUCUUUGCAUUUUAAAAUGAGAAAUGAAUAAAUUUCUUAAAGAAUUAUUCUGUUGAUAAGGAGAAGCUUCAGGACUAUCAUCUGGCACUCUUUCUGGAGCUAAGAAUUCAGUUUAAAUACCUGUUAUUUGGGGCAUAAAACAUAAACAGGAAAAUGCUCUUUUCUCUGUCCUUGGCUCCAGGUAGCGUGCCUGAAGAUCUCCCUUGGGUUUCUCUCCAAGUGUUUGUAUUUUUUGAGUUUUCAGAAGCACUUGGAGUUAAACACUGGGCAGCCUGUGUCUCCAUUAAACCCAUUAUUGACAAAAGUUAGAGAUUCUUUGUGCUGCAGCUCUAUUCCUACGGCAGAGGUCAAAGCAGUGCUGAUAACUUCCACACUCUGUAUGUGAGCUGCAUCCUGAGCACCCUCACAGCUGCACUCUCUCCAGCUCAGCACGGCACGGCCCGGCUGUAAUCUCUUAUCGGGUCUCCAUUAUCUCACCCGCUGGCACUUCUGAUAAGAGUAGCUCAUCAGAUGGCGCUCUUAAAGGGUAGUUGUGUGGGCUCAUUCAACGCCAAACUCAUUACCUCUUUAUGUUAGCUGUGCAUGGUGCAUGUUGCUGGAUCUUAAUGCAAACACUGUUGAUUACACAUUAUUCUUUGCUGCUCAUGCAGAGGGUCCUUAAAUUCAAUUAACAGAAACACCAAAUAAAUGUUCAGUUUAUUGAAAUAUUGUUCGGGUUCAUAUGAGGCGCAGCGUGUUUGAAUGAAAAUAGAUUUGUCUGAUGUAGGGCUGGGCGAUAAAAUGAUAACAAUAUCAAAAAUUAAUUUCCCUCAAUAUCAAUAUAAAACAUGGUCAAUCUGCUUUUUGAUAGUCAUCAUUCUGCCAUGUUUUGGUAGACUAAACGCGCAAUGCAAAAGGUUACAAACCCUGAGCGGCGAAAGGAGCCCAUGGUGCCUGUGCAGCUGAAACAGCCGACCAUUCAGUCCACUUUCUCGAGCACAACACUUUACAACAAAACGCCAAAGAGACACAAAGACCUCACAGAUGCAGAAGCUUAAUGUAUUGCAAAAGACAUACUACCAUUAAGCACUGUUAAAUUUCAUUUUGUAUACCCUGUUUUAUCGAUAUCAACUGAUAUGAAAAAACUAUAUUGUGAUAAACUUUUUACCAUGUCACCCAGCCCUAGUCUGAUGUUUUAUAUUAUCUAUUUUGUGGUCUCAAUCCUCCGUCAUAUUUUCACACAGCUUAGUCCAAAGAAUGGAAACAAGUGAACAACUAGCUCUGUCAAAAGUAACAUGAUAAAAAUGUUAAACGGGACAACUCAAGUUCAGAAAUUAAAUGUCAUAUCUUCUUUUCUUUUCUUUUCUUUCAGUAAUGAGCGAGAAGGUAUCCCCGCGAACUUGCUCCAGCUAUUGGACGUGUGCGUUGAAAUCCCUCAACAAGGAGUCAUCCGCUCUCUUAACGUGCACGUUAGCGCCGCCCUGCUGAUUUGGGAAUACACUCGACAACAUCUCAGCUCCAGUUCAGUUGAAGCGAACUCUAACUGCAGCUGA